GAGCCGGCGUUUGUCCGCAGACAGCUUCCGGGUCAUGUGGCCAGCAUGACUAAGCUGCUUCUGGCGAACCAGAGCAGUGCACGGAAACGCCGUUUACCUUCCCGCCGGAGCAGUCCCUAUUUAUCUACUUGCACUUUGAUGUGCUUUCGAACUGCUAGGUGGGCAGGAGCUGGGACCGAGCAACGGGAGCUCACCCCGUUGCAGGAAUUCGAACCGCCGACCUUCUGAUCAGCAAGCCCUAGACUCUGUGGUUUAACCCACAGCGCCACUUGGGUCGCCACCAUACAUAAGAUGAUGCUUUAGGCUGCUUUGAAAGUAGAAAAUUUAAUGGCAGCUCAAUGUGAGACAGGGUCUUUUCUGUAGCAGCACCCAUGUUGUAAAUUCCCUCCUAGGAAGUGGUGAGACAAGCCAUGUCCAUGAUUGUAUUUAGGGAGGCAGUGAAUAUAUACUUAAUCUCUAUGGUUCUUAAUGCAUGGUUGAAGGCAGCAAAAAUUAAAACUAAAUUUCUGUGCUAGUCUCACCACAUUUUGGAAGUUAGGUCUUGUUUUUCUAGAUACGUAUAUUGGUUUGCAGGGCUGAAAAACAAUAUAAAUAUGUUUUUAUUUUUAAAAAAACCUGGAAUAGUAGGAGGUACAGGAUGAAGCACUUGUUUUGAACCCUCUUCUUUAUUGUAGUAUGUUGGUGUGUUGCUUCUCCUUUCCCUAAAAUGUGGGUGGGAUGAAUGUACUAAUAGGAAACAUUUGAAAUACUACCAUUGCAAUAGGUUCAAGGAAAAUGGAAGGUUCUCUUUAAAGUUGUCAAGGUGAUGUUUGUCCUACUUUAUUUCUCCUCACUGAAGCAAGUUUAACUGUUGCAGAUUGUAUGAAUAAUUGAACAAGGAUACCUUACUCGUUACCCGAAGUAAUAUUCUGCUCACUUGCUGCUCAGAGCUGAGCUUCACUCUUUAUUAUGGCACAGACCUUCUUAUAUGUUUGUGAUGUUUCAUUCCCCAGUGUGAGUGCUGGCUUUAGCUUCAAUUCCCUCCAUGAUUUAAAUAAAACGUUCAGAAAUCAACAUCAGUAUUGAAACAAACAUCUGCCUGCCCCCCUUUCCUCCCCCCUCCAAAAAAAUCACAGACCUAGAAGAGAUGUUUCCUCACAAGUCUGGAUUUGCUGUCUUUACGGAUAUUAAACAUGAGGGGUUUGCCACAUAGUGUUCUGUAAGGGGAGACUCCAAAAGAAAUGAAAACAGAGCUCUGUGUAUCUGUUUUGCUGUUUCUAGCGGAAGACAUUUAAUUCGCCUUCUAAAGCCAACCUCAAAAAUGAUGCAAUUCAGCUGAAGUAGAUUUAUGGUGCCUUUUCCUCUGGAAAUCAAUACAGCUUGGAGGGGCUGUCAUGGGAACUGGCUGACUGAGAUGCAGCUGUGUUCAAAUAUAAACUUCUGUACCGCAAACCCAAAGUAAUGACUCUUGGUUUUUGUUUUUUAGUCAGCACUUUAGCUCUGAGACAUUAUGGGGGUAAGCUUUAAUCGACUGCUUUGUUUCCAUUAGGAAGUUAUUGAAACUUUGCUAUAGCAAAUUCAGCAAGUUGAUGUGAUGUUCUAAAAGCCAUUGCUAUUCUUACUUGCCCUUGUGUAUUUUGUGGUUUGUAAGGACCUGGAAAUGUGUUGUGGGACAAGGUAGCAUUUGUAUACUGCAAGAGAUGGAACCACUCCUCUCUCUAGUUUUAUAAGCUUUGUAGUUGCUUGGCAGUAAACAAGGGCUCAGUUAAAGCAAUUUCUUCUAACUGAUUGUAGGGAUCAGCCUUCUUCAUACUGAGUACAUCAGGGACAUGUUUGCUGAGGUCAUCAGCAAGUUCUAUUUUAUACUGCUGGAAACUGGAUUUUGUUCAAAUAAUAUUUGUCACAAUACUGUGAUCUUUCAAUUUUUAAAAUAUAAUUGAUAGUACCAUUGCUUUCAGAGGCUCAGAGUGAUGGUGAUGAUCUGGGAGAGGGAAUUCUCUUCCCUGAGUUGCACUUGGCACCUUCAUCAUAUGCUGAAGAAAUACCUCUUUACUCUGACCUAUGACACUUGGAAUGAGUACUUUUAGGGCUUGUCCUAUUUUUGUGACCAUAAUUUGUUUGAAACUAUUUUUCUUGUGUUUUAAAUUGAUGUGACCCACCCUGGGACCUUAGGGUAAAGAGCAUAUAAUAAAUCAAAUAUAUUGUUAUUGUUGCUAUUAUUAACAGCAAAAACGGUGAUGUUUACACCACAAAUCUGCUUUCUCAAAUGCCCAAGGUAAGCUACAAAUUCCAUCUAGAAAGGGAUACCCAGCAGCAACCACCUUGUGUCUUCAUUUCACGGAUGCUCCAAAGCCGGUCAUAGAAAGAGCUAUCUAAGAAAUGUCAUUUUAAGACAGGUUUAGUCAGAUAUUGUUGGACUACAACUCCCAUCAGCUCCAGGCAGUAUGGGUUUGAUGGUAUUUGGAGAUCAGCAACAUCUGGAGAGCACCAUGUUAGCUAUCCCUGAGAAAACUGAAGAGCUGGAACAGAAUUUGUGCAUCAGCUUUAGUACACCAAAAAGUAGAACAAUAACCUGAAGCAAAUCAAUGUUUCUCACAACUCAGCACACCUGCUUUUUUCUUCUUCGAAUGGAAUAUAGAAGUAUACCAUGUCAUGGACUGCUGUUAACAUCGACAUUCUGUUUUGAUUUAAAACUUAUAAAAUGUUGGGUUGUAGCCGAAGGUUCUGUUCCUCCCAAAAGAAGGAGUCUUCCUCUCAUGGAAGAAUGGGCUCUUUGGAUCCAGCCCAUUAAAAGGUGGAUUUGGGCACAUAAUAAACAAGGAACUGGGCACAUCAAGUCAUAAUUUUGUAUUUCGAACAACAAGCUGGAUAUAAUUGCUUCAGACUCAGGUGUCAUAAUUUAAAAGCUUAAAUUCUGAUUUAAACAUACGGUAUUAAAGGAGAAAAAACUUUAUAAAAAUGAAAUCUGAAUUCAGUACCAACCACCAUCUACAUUUAGGGCCUGGUAUUCUGUUGCUUUCUCACUCUUCUUAUAAAGAAAAACAACAAUGCGAUUUUAAAGUAGAGAAAUGCCCAGCAGUUUGCUGGUUUGGGGGAGGAAGCAGCAUCAUGGGCAAUUUUAUGUAAUGCUGAAAGAUUUGCAGAAUUUUUUCUGAUGUGAAAAUAACAAGCUUAGUAUUUGUGACCUAGAUUACUAUUUCUUUGUUGCAGUUAUGAGUGAAUGCACUUAUGAGUGGGGUGUUGUUUAUUUGCUUGCUUGCUUGCUUGCUUGCUUGUUUUGUUUUUAAAGCAGCUCAUUGGCAAAUGUAGCCACAGGCUGCAAAGGGUUCAGUCAAGAAAUCAAUGCUCUUUUUCCAUCUGACUGCCUUGAAGACUAUGUAAAUUAAAUGUACUUAACCAUAAAACCUGUCUACAUUGCUAGAGGUACAGUUGGCAGUUACAAACUACCACCAACUUCAUUUUGGGAAAUGGAUCGAUUUAUAUAUUUGAAAACAGUCAUAGCUAGAGUUCAUUGGAAUUUCUCAUAGUGACUUUCUAAUAAAUAUGUAACUUGAACUAAUAAGGUUUUAUUCCUUUAUGAAAUAAAUCAGAGGGCUAAUUAUCUUCCCAUUUUGCAUCUUUGUUAGGCCGGCAUUCUAAAGUAUGAAAGCAAAUACCUUAACAUGCAUAAGACCGUAUUUAUAAUAAAUUUAAACAGCAAGAAAAAUGCUCUAGGUUUCAGCUACUUAGAUUUCCAGAUGAUUAAAGACUUGACUGAAAGGCACAUAAGGGUUGCUUUCCAAGAUUGUAUAGAGUGCAUUUCAAUAAUGAUGGUGAUGUUGUUAUUAUGUUACAGGUAGGUAGCCAUGUUGGUCUGCCGUAGACGAAACAAAAUAAAAUUCCUUCCAGUAAAAACCAUGUUUCUCCAAAAAUAAGCCAUAAAUCCGAAAAUAAGCCAUACCCCGAAAAUAAGCCAUAGUGAUAGGCAGUUUAACCUUGUAGGUUAAACUCUACCAUACUUAAUUAAAAAAAUAAGACAUCCCCAGAAAAUAAGCCACCGUGUUUUUUUUGAGGAAAAAUAAAUAUAAGACGGUGUCUUAUUUUUGAAGAAACACUGUAGCAGCUUAGAGACCAACAAACUUAGUUGGUCUCUAAGGUGCUACUGGAAGGAAUUUUAUUAUUAUGUGCAUGAGUUUGAAAAGAACUAAAUAGGUUGCAUUGUUUAAAUGGGCUAAUUGGAUUUAAGGGAAAUAGGAUGAACUGAGAUGCUUACUGCUUAUAAUAAAAUACUUAAACCAGUACAUUUUGUUUGCUGAGUCCCAGUUUGUAUAGCCUGCUGCAUGUUCCUCCAUAUAGUUUCAGACAAUUCACAUAGGUAAAGGUACCAUGCUGUGAUUGUACUGAUUUGCAAGAAUGGAUGGAGGAUAUUUUAAACUAUUGCAGGUAGCAGGAUUUGACUAUCUUCCAUAUUGCCCAGGAACUUGUAUGAUAGUCUGGAACAAUUGGCACUGUGCGGUGAAAUUCAGCAUGCAUAUGAAUGUAACAUCGCCCCAAAAGUCUUUCAUAGUCCAACACACUUUCAAAGAGGGAAACGUGUUAAACGUGAAGAAAUAAGGUAAAAUGAAGUAGAAUUAAGGGUUUGGGUAUGGAGAGAGAACUCAGCCGGUGGAAUUGCAGCUGGGAAAUAAAUAUGUCACAUGCCUAUUUCUAAUAGCCACAACUACUGAGGAAGGGGAGGCUGGUUUUGUUCCAUAGGCUUUGUCCCAGAGAGACCCAAAGGGGACCCUUGUCUGUGUAGCUCUACCAGGUUGUGUUUCUUUGUGGUGUGUGGCAAAAGAGACAAAACAUGCAACUCUCUUCCUUUUAUAGACAAAAGAUUCUACCGAAUGAAUUCCAUGGCCUUCUGACAAGUAUCUUCUAACAAUAUAUGCUAGUGUCUAAUGAGAAAGGAAGGAGAUUAUUCGUGCUUUUAAAAAUGGCAUUCUGAUCCCUUGCCUUCACUACAGGCUUAUGGGAGUCCUGCUCUUGCUUCUACUUCCUGGAAGCUUUCACCCCUGUAUUCAUUGUGAUGUAGGUGUGUCAGAACCAAGAGCUCAUUCUGUACUAGGAAUACUCAUCCUAGCUUGACUUCCUGUGACAAAGCAAUCCACAGCAAUCCAAAGAUUUGUCUGAGGUAGAAACUGCAAAAGUUGCUGAAGAGAGCGCUAACAAGAUUCCAAAAUGCCCUUGUGGCAUAUGUUUAGGUAUCUUAGAAAGUGGUGCAGGAUGCUAUUUAACAUAAGGGAUAAAAUGCAGAAGUAGUUGUUGUUUAGUCGUUUAGUCGUGUCUGACUCUUUGUGACCCCAUGGACCAGAGCACGCCAGGCACUCCUGUCUUCCACUGCCUCCCGCAGUUUGGUCAAAUUCAUGUUGGUCGCUUCUAUAACACUGUCCAUCCAUCUCGUCCUCAGAAGGAGCACUCCUCUCUUAAUGCAAAGUAGCAUUCUGAUAUCCUAAAGAGCUUAACUCUUAUUGUUCUAGUUGUGCCACACUGAUAUUCUAAAUAAAGCAGGGGAGGCUGGUUCCUUGGGUAACUGGGGCACUGACUGAGGAUGACCAACCUCGGUCAUCCUCAGUCAGUCUCCAGUCUUCCAAGCAAUUGUGGGUGGCUCUGCAUGUCACUGUCUCUGGCUCCGCCUGCUGCUUUUCUCCCUGCCUUCCACGCUAGCAGUCCCAGUGAACAGCCACGCACCACAGGACAUAAUAUAACUUCAGCAGUUAAUCCCACUUGUUUAUUUUUUGUUUGCAAGCAAGCCCUCUCGUCCACAUUUCUUAUACAGCUUCCUGCUUGCCUCAGAGCUAGAAGGGGGCUGCAAAUGCUCUUCUCAGGUUUUUUUUAGGAAGUGAAACUCUCUUAGGCUGCAAUCCUAUGGAUGCUUAGUUGAGAGUCAGCAUCGCUGAACUUCUUGGCUCUUACCUCUGAGUAAAUCUUUGUAGGAACAGUCUGGGAAUCUUAACUUCUGGAAUCUUAACUUCUGGAAUAGUAAUUGUAUUAAUCUGUGCUAGAAAAAUGAACAAAAGCUUGCAGCACCUUAGUUUUAAGGUAUUACAAGCCAUUUUUUAGUCUAGAAAAAUACAAUAUGAGUUUUCAUUAAUUUAUAGAAUGGGGAAUAAAUUUAUGAAUGGAGACUAGAUACGUUGGCUGUGUUUUCAUUACAGUACUGGCAUUUUCUCAAGGCAGUCAAGAUGCACAUUUUUGCUCUCCUUUCAUUUUAAACUUGUUAAAGUUUUCUGCAAAUUGUGGACGUGGGCAGCAAGACAUUCCAUCUUUUUACAUUCCAAUUAAAUUCCUAGGCAUGCUCAGUUUGGGAGAUUUGUUUAUUGAAUGUUUGAGUAGGAUGUCAGCCUUGCAUGUUAAAUUUUCUUCUUCUUCACCAGUUCAGUAAAAUAAUUUGCAGAUAUGUCAAUAACACUUUUUAUCAACUAAUUUGGAUUAAUGUUGGGAAAGCUUUAAUUAUGUUGGUUAUUUCACAGGAAUUGCAAACUUAAUUUAUGCUGCCAUGGUAUGUCUGAUGCAACAGAAAGAUAAAAGUCAUAAUCCAAUGCAAAAGGAAAGUAUCUCAUAACUUGCAUUAUUAAUAAUAAGAAAUCAGAAAAAAUAUGCAGUACAGUCCCACAGAUGUCUUUUGAGAAGUAUACACAUUUGAGUUCAGUGGAAUUUACUCCCACAGUAAGUGUCCAUAGAUGUUAAACUUAACAUGAAUUUCAGGUUGACAUGAAUUUAUUUAUUUAUUUAUUUUUUUUAAAGAUUAAAAAAGUUUUUAUUGGUUUCCAUUUAAAAAUCACAGUGCACAGCAAUAAAUCACAAUAUGCAAAAGUACACACAAAUAAAGAUAUAAACCUCGUCUAACACGCUCAGAGACGACGAGGUUGACAUGAAUUUAGCACACAUAACUUCUGGAUGUUAAAUUCAUGGCUACAUAUUAAAUAAAUUUGGGCCAUUAUGCUAAAACUUCAGAGCUGGAUAAAGGGCCUUUCCUGGAUUCAUAUAAUGUGCAAAGAUGGAUGUACAUGUUGAUGGCAACAUACUAGAGUUUGUCAAAUAGUGGCUUGUCAGUGAACGACCUGUAAUUUAACUUCACACAAUUUAUUGCCAUAUUCAAGGAAUUCAGAAAUGUUUUUGUGUAAAUACAAAAGCCCACAAAGGCCUGUUUUGACCCUAACAAUUACUGGUGGUUUCCACUGAUUAUGUAUACAAAGAGAUUUGUUUGGAAGGGCUUGGUCUUGUUUCAUUUCAUUUUACAGAAGGAAGGACUAGCCUAAAUAGCAUAGAUUUUGUGAAUCUCCAGAUGAAGCAUGUUCAUAAUUUGAGAAUCAUUAGAGAAUGUGGGUGUAAAAUAAAAUACAGUUAUGGACCUAACAAGUUCAAUCCAGUUGUUGUUGUUGUUUGUUGUUGUUGUUGUUUUAAAAAAGUGUACUUAAGUACUACUGGAGUAAAUUGUGACAGAUACGGUUGAUGUCUAUGUUUCAUUUAGUGCACAUGCAUUUUUAGCAGAGUUUUAAAAUGCUUCACAAUAUAUAAUAUAUAGCUGCAUAUAUAUUUAAAGUUUAAAGUUUUUAUUCCUGGGUUGAAUUAGUGUAUUCAUUAUUCAGAUGGUAAUUUUCACUACCAACCAGAUUGGGUCAAGAGAGGGAAAGAAAAUGAGAACUGGGAGGCUAGCUUCAAGCCCUUGCCUCUAGUAGCAUUGAUUUGUUUUGCUGGCUUUCCCUUAAUUAUAGGUCGUUGAAAUAAGCACUAUUAUUUCCCCCUGUUUUAGCUAUUUGACCACCCUAAAUCAGGAUUCCAUAAAUUUUAUCUUGGCUAGUCAUUAUUUGUGCUCGCCGCCAUAGCCACUGCCUGCUUUACCCUAUAGGUUGCUUAGCAUAUGCAAUUACUGUAGGAUGGGGCAGAUAAUUCACUUAAUUUCACAUUGCUGUAAUGGGGUGUGCCUUGUCUUGUCAUGCUUCCCAAAUCAUGUAACCUAAACCCCAGCCACAUACCUGCCUGCCAGGCUAACUACCCCACUCCUUUCUCACUACAUGACACCACCUGAAUGGAAGCGGGAGCAGGCCUGGUGUGGAGGAACAGGAGGAGCAGUGUCCCAGAUCCACUGCCAACUUUCCUAGUUCUCCUGGCUGCUGAGACUUGAUAUUGUUGCACAUCUUACACUUGUUCCUCUCAAUAUGCCAAGAAUCAAGAAAAUGGUUAGUGGGCAUCCUCUGCAGAUCCUAGUAUCCUGUAUGUACCUACUGCACACAAAAUAAGGUUCUUUGCAUGCAACAGAAAACUUAGAAGAGGACAGAGCUGGUCUGUUGUGCCCAACACAGAGGUCUUCUUCCAGAGGUCUCUGCCAAGUUCAGUUGAUGCAUGGAAAGGAAUAUUUGUACUGGGCAGGGAUGCUCACUGAUAGAGAGGAACAUUUGCUUCUGGAGAACUAGUGAGGGUGUAUAGACCCCUGAAUUGUUUUUGGAAACACAGAUAUAGAGUCACAAUUCAACAAAAUACUCAAGCAUAUUCUUUACAAAUUUCAGCAGCUCCACUAGAACUUUGCUUUGAGAAGCCAUGUGCCAAACAUUUAUAUGCAUCCUCAUUACACUAGCACAAUAAACCAGAAUUGGAAUCACUCAUCCUUCUCUACUGCCAGUCUGUGAUAUGUCAAGGAAAAUGAUCGUAUUUCAUGCAAAUGCAACAAUUUUGCAUAUAAAAAAAAUGAAAUACUAUAUUGUAGCAUAACUUAUGAAGGAAACUGGCUUUGAAAUUGAUGAAUGCUGCUUCAUGGUUUCAGAUCUCAUGAGGGAGUAUUGAAAUAAGCUGAAUGUGUGAAUAGAUUUUUUGCAUUUAAAGAAAUAGCACAUGUACACACACAUUCAUAACCAUACAAUUAGACAUUCCUAGAAUACCGGCUUGGGGGGGGGGUAUUUUCUUGAUCAUGUGCCAUUUUUCAUAGUACUGUGCUAGCAAACUGCUAUAAUUAGAUUAACAGCCUGCUAAACAGCAGUGACAGUAUCCAAGUCUCAGAGAGCAUGUGCUAGAUUCUGCAUGCGCCUUUCUCCCAUUGGCUGCUGGCGUUUGCUGCUUGCCAAUUUGAUAGGUUUCCACAGUAAUCUUUAUGCUGCAUUAGAGACAUAGAUACAGAGGUACAGUGUUCAUGCAACGGUGGAGGAACUCUGCCUCUUCUGUGUAGCAUAAAAGAAAAGCCUACAGACGAUAGAGGCAUUGCUCUUUGUUAUAAACCCAUCAGCAUUUAACAACUGCUGGCUGCAAGCAGAGGUCAGUGAAGGAGUUUCAGUUAAUGAUCACUGCUUGUAGUGGAGCACAAAGGAACCGCAGAGACUUCCACGUCCUUCAUUGAGAAGAAAGAAGCCAGCAGAGCAGGAUUAAUACAGGCUUGUUUCUGGUGGCCUUCUUGUACAAAGGCUGCCUUCCAGGGUGGGGGAAGAAGGAAGAAAGAAACACCGUGCUUCUUUAAUGAGCUGUGAAAUGAAGCGCUGCUUCUGCUGCUGCUGCUGCUGCUGCUGCUAACCUCCCAAUUCCUAGAUUCAUCUGCUAUUCAUUGUGCUUAAGAUACAUGUUUCUGCACUGUGCAUUUAGAAGAUCCCAGAAAGGAAUUCAAAACGGCUGCCGGGGAAAGACCACCAAACAUGCCUACAGAAACACUACAGACAGGUAGCAUGGUGAAGCCUGUCAGCCCCGCCAUCACUUUCACUUCAGCCGUUCCACUCCGCAUUCUAAACAAAGGACCUGACUAUUUUCGCAGGCAAGCAGAGCCUAACCCAAAAAGACUUAGUGCCGUGGAGAGGCUGGAAGCUGACAAGGCAAAAUACGUAAAGAGCCAAGAGGUCAUCAACGCCAAACAAGAGCCUGUGAAACCAGCAGUGCUUCCCAAGCCGCCAGUGUGUCCCGCAGCCAAGCGGGCUUUGGGCAGCCCUACCUUGAAAGUGUUUAGCAACAAUGCAAAGACUGAGAGUGGCGUCCAAAGGGAGAAUCUGAAGCUAGAGAUUUUGAAAAACAUAAUCAAUAGCUCAGAGGGCUCUAGUUCAGGUUCGGGUCACAAAUAUAGCUCACGAAACUGGCCUCCCCACAAAUCCGAUUCAGGAGACCUUAACCGGCAUUCAUUUGCAGAAUCCUUAAAGGUUUACCCCACUCAAGGCCGUAGCAGUCCUCAAGAAACCAACUCCAAUGUGGGUAGAAGGCUAUUGGGACAGUCGGCAGAGUCAUUCUUGCACGUUUCCCACAGCUCAUCAGACAUUAGGAAAGUAUCUAGUGGCAAAACCUUAAAAGCAAUACCGUGCAGUAGUUCAGCUCCACCUCUCCCUCCCAAACCCAAAAUUGCUGCCAUCACCACGCUGAAAUCGCCAGAGAUGGACACAGUAGAAUCCAGUUGUGGAGUCAGUAGACGACCUUCUCUACAGCGAUCGAAGUCAGACUUAAGUGACAGAUACUUUCGAGUUGAUGCAGAUGUUGAAAGAUUCUUCAACUACUGUGGACUGGAUCCUGAAGAACUUGAAAAUCUUGGGAUGGAAAAUUUUGCAAGGGCUAACUCUGAUAUUAUCUCUCUCAAUUUUCGCAGUGCAAGUAUGAUCAGUUCAGACUGUGAACAGUCUCAGGACAGCAACAGUGACCUUAGAAACGAUGAUAGUGCCAAUGACCGCGUGCCAUAUGGCAUUUCUGCAAUCGAAAGAAAUGCCAGAAUCAUCAAGUGGUUAUACAGCAUCAAGCAAGCUAGAGAGUCACAGAAAGUGUCCCAUGUGUGAGUUGGAUCCGCAGGGGGGCAAAGAGGGACUGUAUCUUUGUGAAUAUUGUGAAGGGUUGUGAAGUCUACUUGAAGUCUUAAUACACUUCUCAGAUCUCUUUUUGUGUUGCUUGUUGUGCAAUGUUUUCAAGUUGCAUGCCUGUCAACAUGUGAACUGACCUGGCUUCCACUUGAACAAUAACUAGCUACAGAGCCUGGCUAAGCAUACACGCAUUAUCUGCCAAAAGUUUAAGACCAGAAUCUAAAUAGGGCUUUGUUUAUGAACAAAUUGUUUACAUUAAAUGGUUAUAUGGCUUCUUUUUUCUAGAUCUGUAGGUCCCUUGUGGUUGUUUUGGGGUUUUGUUUUGUACAUUUUUGUGUGUGUCUUGAGCACAGGUAUAGUUAAGACACAGGACAGAAAUUGCCAACCUAAGAUUGUUAUAGCACCGUGCAUUAGAACGGCAUAGUAGUCUGUGGAAUGAAUGGGUCAGAUUACCUGUGAUGAUGAUAAUGAUAAUAAUGAUAAUAAUAAUAAUAAUUUUUAUUAUUUAUAUCCCGCCCAUUUGGCUGGGUUUCUCCAGCCACUCUGAGCAGCUUCCAGCAGAUAUAAAAACAUAAUAAAAUGUCAAACAUUACAAACUUCCCUAUACAGGGCUGCCUUCAGAUGUCUUCAUCUGUGAACAGCAGUAAAAGGCAGUGGUGUAGGGCUGAGUUUGCGAGGAGGGCGGGGGCUAGCCUGUCCAUGAACUACGUUGUAUAAUGGAAUUAUUUUCCUUUUUUUAAAAAAAAGUUGUUUACCUUUCAAAGAAAGGAUACACAGGUUUUCUGUCGUAGUCUUCUAACUGAAUCCCCCACUCCACACCCACCCACACACCUGGUUCCCCCCUACACAGCCUUUUUACAAGCAGUGGUCUGGAAAGCUAUAAACUAUUUUUUUGAUGUAGCAAGAAUGGUAAUGGUUUCACCAAUCAGUGGGUAUUUUGAAAAGAGACUGGGGAAAUGAAAAGGACGGGGUGGCAUUUUAAAGGAAGUUCCCUUGUCUUAAACUUUUGACAGGAAUGGUUAAGUCCUGUUUGCUGAUCUUGAAUGCCUUUAAACUAGACAAAGCACAUCAUGAUUACAAGCUCCUGCUGCUGACUACUGUUUUUGUAGACCUGUUUGAGCAGUUCAUGAACAGAAAAUGGAAGUACACAGCCAUAUCAGCCUCUUACCGAGAAGUUUAAACACACUCAAUAUAGCUGAACUAUAUCUGAGAAAUUGUGGUUAUGUUGUCUUAAAUAUGUUAUAUCUUAAGGCUGUGGAAGUUUGUUACAGCUCUAGGAAACUGUAGAAACAUGACAGUAUGUAGCUUCUUCUUUUUUGUACCCUUCUCUUCCUCCUCGCACCGUACGAUGUUUAGUGCUGCACGUCAAUCUGUUACACUUCUUUUCUUUUGACAAUCUUGUGUCUUCCCAAUGGUUUAACUGUCAUGUCAAAGUGGCAGUUGUGGUGCAUAGCGGAGAGUUGAAAGUGCAGUGGUCUGCUUCAUUAUUAUUAUUAUUAUUGUCAUCAUUAUUAUUAUUAUUAUUCAUGCUUUGAAGUACUUUGCAGCACUAUCUAAUACUUCAUCAGCUAAUAGGAAACUUUUUCUUGUGUAAAUGCUGUAAGACUUUGUACAUAUUUCAGUUCUUACGAGAUCUUUAAAAAAAGUGUUAUGCUAAUAAAUAGCUCUUGGUGCAGCUACUGGUCACGAGUUCUCUGUUUGUACUCAUUAUGCUAAAGUGGGUACAGGAACAAGAAUGAGUGUGAAAGCAACUCCUGGUUAAAUGUAUAAUGCAAACAGUCCCCAUCCCCUGCUUCAACCCUUCUACUGCUAGACUAGGCAUAAUCAGGGUGGCUGUUGCUGUUAAAACUUGUGGUCUUAGCCUUCAACCCCAAGGUUCCCAGGGCAGUUCUGAACUGAAUAUCCAGAGAAGCAUUUCCAGUUAUAUCUGCCUCCAUUCUAGCUGCUAUAAGGAAGAAUAUGAAGAGGUUCUUCUGGAGAAGCUGUUAUUGAUGCUCUUCACACAC